UUUUGAGUUAUAAUUCUCUAAAAUACUAAAAUGUUUUAUAUAGAACAACGAACGUACGGAGCGUACAUUAUGUACUAAAGUCUACCGUUCAAGUCUGAUUGUUAUGAACCAGGUUAUGAUUAUAGUGUUUGUUGUUAAUUGUUGUCAUUACCGCCCAGAGGCGCUCCUGCGGUUCGAUAACUAUUCGAUCAUUGAGAUUCGAUAACCGAUACCAUCGCUUUUUUUAAAUUUGAGCGCUUUCAAACUUGAAAAAGUUUUGACAAAUUGCAUGCUCAUCAGACUGCGCAACAUGUUGAACGAUAAAUUUAUUUUUUUAUACUCAACGCUCUGUGCAAUGCUGGCGUUGAGUAUUUUCAUUUAUGGAUACGUGCCACUAUCCUCAUUACCAAGGAGCACAGCGAGUCAUGGAGAUCUCCCAAUUGAAAUAGACGGUUUUAGUGUCAACCAAGAGGAAGUCUACUUUUCGCAUGUGAAGAAGUUGGUUGUAAUUAUAGCAGAUUCUUUGAACAUGGACGUUUUAACGGACAAUGCCCAGGUUUACUUGCCCUACACAAUGCAACUAAUUAAUGACAGACACGGUUGCAUCGUCCCGUGCAGAAUACCUCGACUGUCUACCACCAUACAGAAGAUCAAAACUCUGGCCACUGGAACAACGUCAUUGUUUGUAGAAUCAAUCCUUAGCACAUUUAGGAUAGAUGAAUUGAGAGUUGAUAGUAUUUUAUAUCAAGCUAAAAACAAUAAGCACAACAUUUCUCUACAAGGAGGCAAACUUUGGACUCAUUUGUUCCCAGAUAUCUUCACAGUUGUCUCUAAAGUGGUUGAUGAUGAAAAACAGUUAAAUAAGAACUCAGUUGAUUAUUCUACACAGAUGAUUAAUAGCACUGGAUCGAAUGAAAUCUCCUGGAGCUGGCUUCUGUUACAUCACUUUAGAUUGAGUCCUUUAGAAUCUAUUUUUGACUCUGAGUACAGAAAUUCAAUAAACCAGCUGAGAAAAAUUGAUCAAGCUAUCGAAUCUGCCUAUGCAACAUUGAGUGCUGAGACAAAUGACUACCUAAUACUUGUUGUUGGAGAUACUAGCACAGGGGGAGGAUCUAAUGGUUUUUCAAAACCCUAUGAAAAUCCACAAGCUAUUGCUCCCUAUAUUCUGAUUGGAAAGUCCUGUCUGAAAUCACAGUCACUUAAUCUCAUGGAUGACAUCGACUUAGCACCUACUCUGGCUGUGUUAACUGGCAUACCAAUUCCAGCUUCAAGUUACGGCAGAUUAAGUUCCAACUUCCUCAACUACUUAACUGAUGAUCAAAUGCUCUAUGCUUUGUACUAUAACACAGCAAGAUUGGCGAAUCUUUCCGUGCAGGUGGAAACGAAAUAUGACGAAGAUCCCACACACUUGCUUUUCAAAAAAGCUGUUGUUCAACAUGGAAAUUAUUUGAAGGCUACAGAGUUGGAGGAGCGUCUUCAAUUGCGAGAUACAAUUAAAGUGCUCUAUUCAAGAACAGCAGAGUCCUAUUCUCAUCGUAUAAAGAACGUUCUGAACGUUUCAGAUGUUUCUAUUCAAUAUCUAGCCUUUGUCUUGGUACUCGAGGCCAUGAUAAUGCUCGUAAAUAAAUUAGACAAAGGUGGUGAGAGCAGGACGGUAAAUUUCAUAGUAAUAUCCAUAUCAAAUCUUAUGAUAUUGACAUGGGUAUUAGCAACAGGGAUGUCAAAGCGUGGCACAUCCUUCAUUGCCAUGCCUACUUCAAAGGGUUUAGUUAUUGGAAUAAUCACUUUGAUAAUGUUCUGCAACUCGUACAUCUUGGCCUCCCAAAAAAGCUUCCUAACUCUGAUGAUUUCGGCUUGGUCAGCGAGAUCAACGCAGCAGACAGAAAGAUCAAAGAAAAUUGUGGACACCGUAUCAUCUAGCAUGGAUGAACCGGUUUUAUCUAACACCAAAUUGAAGACUAACUCCCUCUUGGUGCUCUUGGUGACGGGCACUAUUAUUCACGCUUUUAGUUAUCUCGAACAGAGUUACAUAAAGUACGAAAAAUGGGUAUGGUUCUAUCUCUGGAGUUCGUUGUGCUGCUUCAUCAUUUAUAAAUGUUUUGGGACAAUUUAUCGAAGCAAUCGUGAUGCAGUUCUCAAUGCACCAGCUUUGAAUUACUUAGACUACAAUGCCAUUCCAGUUGUUUUGUCUAUCCUGAUCAUGCACAGGAUUAUCUUAGUCUAUACCGGCAUCCAGGAUUGGCUCUUGUACGAUAGCGAUCACCUAUGUGCUUCGAUAUGCUUGUUGUUUGGUCUACUGCUGCUGGGGAUCACUUGCAGCAUUUAUUACGAGCCCUUCUCCUCUAUACUUGAUAUAAUCAUCAUCCGUCUCCUACUAGUGUUCUUGUGUAUCUCUAUAUACUUGUCCAAUGUGGCUCGAGGGAAUGUUGGUCUUCCUUAUUACGGAAAAUCAGACGGUGUCCUCGAGAUGACAUUGUUCUGGUGUUCAUGGACACUGAUAAUUGGAUAUGGACUUGGGUUCUGUACGAUAGGAACUUGUUACAAGGGUAUCAGUAGCACCAGACAGCUCAUGGCAACAGCAGUAACAUGUUGGGGAUGCUUCUCAGCCCUUUUCACACAAUCUCACAGAGUGCUGCUCAUCCCCAUAGAGAUGUUGUUUGGACAGGUCAUGAGCGACGUAUUCCGAAAACAAAAUCAAUGUCUGAUUAUUUCCCACAUCUGGCUAGGACACUUAUUCUUUUAUCAUCAAGGAUUCGGUUACAAUCUUGAUGAGAUUGACUUGGCUGCAGGGCUUCUGCACUGGACAGGUUUAUGCUCUUUUAUCUAUGGGGUGUGUCUGAUUUUAAACGUCUUUUCUGCGUUGAUUUUAUCCUAUCUUAUUUGCAUCCAUGGAAUGCUAGAAAACAACGUAAAAAAAAGCUCAUCAGAAGGAAUCUCAGAAGCGAACGCGACAUUUGGAUACUGUCAAUUCAUUCUACUGUCGGUGUACUUAUUGAGCAUGUUAGUGCAUCGCUACAACGAUUGGUUCUGGGGUAUUUUGACUCCAAAGUUCCUCUACGAAGUAGCUUACACAUUCAUCAUCUUUGGAAUCAUGAUCACCAUGCUGAUAGUGGGGCUUCUUCAUGACCUCUGUCUAAAAUCAAGAGUCCCCUACCUGUAACAACAUCUUUUUUAGCUGAUCUUGGAAGAAAGAAAAAAGAAAAAUAAUGAAAUGAUGUCAAUCAAAAUUUAUGAAAUUUUUUGUUAUACACAAGAUUAGGCACAUGUAUUUCCGUUUUUAUAAAUAAAAUGAUGUUA